AUGACCAAAAAGAAAUCCAAACAAUCAUCCUCCUCAGCAUCAUCCUCACAACAACAAAAAUCCUCCUCCUCAUCAUCAUCUACUACUAAUAAUUUAUCGGAAGACGUUUUUGAUGGAGCUAUUGGUAUUGAUUUUGGUAAUCAUAAUUGUACCGUAGCUUAUUUUAAUAUGCAACAUUUAUUAUCAGGCUUUCCUAAUUUAAAUACAACAUCAGCCUUGUCAUCGACUAGUAAAAAACCAUCCUAUGUUUCUACAGUGAUUCAACCUGUUCAAAAUUUAAAUACACACGUUGUUAUUAUUCAAAACGAAGAUGGUGCUCAUCACACUCCAUCAGUCAUUAAAGUUAAUACCAUUGUUGAAGGAGAAGGUGAUAAUGAAACAACACGAGAGGAAAUUAUUGUUGGUUUUCCACCUCUUCCAGGAGCUUCAAUUCCAGCAGAUCAAGUUGUUUAUGAUUUGAAGGAAUUUAUUUUGGAAUCCGAAGAAAAGAUCAAGAAGGGAGAAGAAGAAGAAUUAAUUUCGUUUAAUGGAGCUGAAUACACACAAGACCAUAUGGUCAGUAUCUUGUUGGGAAAGAUGAAGAAUAUUGCUGAACAUUAUUUGGGGAAGACUGUAAAGAAGGUUGUCGUCAGUUGUCCAUCAAAUUCUCCACACAGUGAAAAGGUGAUAAAGAAGGCAUGUGAAACUCUUGGAAUGAAUGUUUUGGCUGUUUUGAAAGAACCUUUGGCUGCAUUGAUUGGUUAUGGUUUUGAUUUACCUCCAGCAACAGUGGAAGAAAAGAAGGAAAAGAUUGUUUGUGUUGUUGAUGUUGGUGCUUUGGAAACAAACAUUUCAGUUGUUAGAGUGAAUGAAAAUGGCAUGUUACAAAUGAUUAAGAGUGAAUCUAAACGUCCAUUGGGAGGUGAAUCACUGGAUCAAGUUUUAAUUCAAAUGUGUUUACAAGAAUUUAAACGUCUCUAUUUCAGAAGUAUGAAUGAAAGAAUGUUCCAAGAUGAAGUUGGAAAGAAUAGAAAGGUUUUAAGCAAGCUCAGAUUUUCAUGUGAAAAUGCCAAGAAUGUUCUUUCAAUGAAUCAACAAGCUAUGGUUGACGUCGAUUCACUCUAUGAUGGUAUGGAUUUCUCAUUCAAGCUUACACGUGCCAGAUAUGAAAGUAGUGCCAUGUCAAUUUUUGCUAGUAUUAUUGAACAUGCCAAACAAACUGUUGAAUCAUUGGCUGAUCAAGGAAUUUCUCUUUCCUCAAUAGAACACGUUGUUUUAGUGGGUGGUUCCUGUCAAAUUCCUAAACUCAAAGAUUCUAUUCAAACUUUAUUCUCACAAGCUAAGAUUUAUGAUAAUGCAGUUGAGGAUAGUAUUGCCAUUGGUUGUGCCAUUCAAGCCAAUUUAAUUAAUACUUAUCAACAUUUAAUGAAUAAGGAUGAAUAA